CUGCGCGGCGCCCGCCCUCCCUCAGCCAGAGUAGCUCGCCUGAGGCUGCUGAGGCGGCGGCCGGUGUAGUGGUCACGGUACCUCUUUCAACCGCGGCUCGCGGGGCCGUGCCGGUCCCGGUCCCCGGCGCGGCCGUCCGAGCCUCUGCGGCGGGCGGGCGAUGGUGCGGCGGAGCGCGCGGACGCGGGCGGCGCGGCGGCGGGCAUGAAGGAGGAUGGAAGGGCAGGACGAGGUGUCGGCGCGGGAGCAGCACUUCCACAGCCAAGUGCGGGAGUCCACGAUAUGUUUCCUUCUUUUUGCCAUUCUCUACGUUGUUUCCUACUUCAUCAUCACAAGAUACAAGAGAAAAUCAGAUGAACAGGAAGAUGAAGAUGCCAUCGUCAACAGGAUUUCGUUGUUUUUGAGCACAUUCACUCUCGCAGUGUCAGCUGGGGCUGUUUUGCUUUUACCCUUCUCAAUAAUCAGCAAUGAAAUCCUGCUUUCUUUUCCUCACAACUACUAUAUUCAGUGGCUAAAUGGCUCCCUGAUUCAUGGUUUGUGGAAUCUUGCUUCCCUUUUUUCCAAUCUUUGUUUAUUUGUAUUGAUGCCCUUUGCCUUUUUCUUUCUGGAAUCAGAAGGCUUUGCUGGCCUGAAAAAGGGAAUCCGGGCCCGCAUUUUAGAGACUCUGGUCAUGCUUCUUCUUCUUGCAUUACUCAUUCUUGGGAUAGUGUGGGUAGCUUCAGCACUCAUUGACAAUGAUGCUGCAAGCAUGGAAUCUUUAUAUGAUCUCUGGGAGUUCUAUCUACCCUAUUUAUAUUCCUGUAUAUCAUUGAUGGGAUGUUUGUUACUUCUCUUGUGUACACCAGUUGGCCUUUCUCGUAUGUUCACAGUGAUGGGUCAGUUGCUAGUGAAGCCAACAAUUCUUGAAGACCUGGAUGAACAAAUUUAUAUCAUUACCUUAGAGGAAGAAGCACUCCAGAGACGACUAAAUGUGGGAAUGCUCUGUGCAGGAAAUUCAGAAGUUGCAAUAGGAAGACAAGUGCCAGAAGAACCAGCUAUACAGCUAGUUUUGGGAAAAUUGAUUCAGGAAGGAGGAGACAUGACAGCAAACCUGUGGCUGUCUUCAUCGGUGGAAUACAACGUAAUGGAGUUGGAACAAGAACUUGAAAAUGUAAAGACUCUUAAGACAAAAUUAGAGAGGCGAAAAAAGGCUUCAGCAUGGGAAAGAAAUUUGGUGUAUCCCGCUGUUAUGGUUCUCCUUCUUAUUGAGACAUCCAUCUCGGUCCUCUUGGUGGCUUGUAAUAUUCUUUGCCUGUUGGUUGAUGAAACAGCAAUGCCAAAAGGAACAAGGGGGCCUGGAAUAGGAAAUGCCUCUCUUUCUACGUUUGGUUUUGUGGGAGCUGCACUUGAAAUCAUUUUGAUUUUCUAUCUUAUGGUGUCCUCUGUUGUCGGUUUCUAUAGCCUUCGAUUUUUUGGAAACUUUACUCCCAAGAAAGAUGACACAACUAUGACAAAGAUCAUUGGAAAUUGUGUGUCCAUCUUGGUCUUGAGCUCUGCUCUGCCUGUGAUGUCGAGAACACUGGGAAUCACUAGAUUUGAUCUACUUGGCGACUUUGGAAGGUUUAAUUGGCUGGGAAAUUUCUAUAUUGUAUUAUCCUACAAUUUGCUUUUUGCUAUUGUGACAACAUUGUGUCUGGUCCGAAAAUUCACCUCUGCAGUUCGAGAAGAGCUUUUCAAGGCCCUAGGGCUUCAUAAACUUCAUUUAUCAAAUACUUCAAGGGAUUCAGAAACAGCCAAGCCUUCUGUAAAUGGGCAUCAGAAAGCACUGUGAGAUGCACAGACGGCAUCUUCUACAACCAAGAGACCUGAGAACUCCAGACUCAUGACAUUCCUGUCCCAUGUAGAAGCAUUUCCAUUUCAGCCUUGGCUCCUCUUCAGAACUUAGACCUAUCAGUGCCAUUUUUUUUCAUAGUCUAUGAAGAACUUGGCUAUGGCUGAUCUUUUUUUAAAUUUAACUUUCUGAUAGACCCUGUAGUUUCCAGUUAAAUGCAGAUUCCUUAGAGACGUAUAGAACAGCGUGUUCUUCUGUAGACAUUUUCUCAUAUCGGUAAAUACAAUCAUCCAUAUGAAAAAAUUGUUUUCACCUGAUACGAAAAUGUUAGAAAAGGCAAACUCUGGGACUUCUAAAGAUUUACUUAAAUCCCAUUAUAUACUUUAUUCAGAAUGUAGAAGCCGACCUGAAAUGCAUCCUUGGUACUAAGUGAAGCUUCUUCAGAAAAUGCAUUUUUCAAAUGCAGUAGGAACUGUUUGUAGAUAUCAUUAUUGCAGUGUGUGUUGGAGCUGUAAUGGUUGCAGUUACGUUUCUUAUUUCCCUGAAAGCAAAAAGCAUAGUUUCUGAUUUAUGUUACAGAAUGAUACUGAUUAGACUUUGAGCCAAGAGGAAAAUACUAAAUUCUUUUAAACCUGGAGCCUUAGAGAGCCACAGGAAUAUCUUCUGUUGUACAGUCUAAUAAGCUAUGGUAGGAAGUAUCAUGUAAUCACAGUUUAAUGCCGGUUUAUGUAUAUAAUUCAGUAUUACCUCUGAUAACAUAGUUGCCAGUGUUUAAUACACUUGUAACUUGGAUUUUUGCCUUAUAGGCUAUAUACAUACACACUUUUUUAAAGCAUUUUUUUCAAAGAUCACUUAAUUCCCCGUGCUUCUGUAAUGCUUAUGAAAACUAUAAAUGCUGAGUGGUGGAAACUCCUUCUUUCCUCAUAGUCCUUGGGCUUUGGUUACUUUUGCAUAUGCCAUUUGAAGCCUCCAACUUUUACCAGUUUAACAUCCAAAGUUCAUAGCAUCACCAUUCAUAGUGUCAGAACAGUUUUGCAGUAUAACAUGAUCUGAUAAUCAUUCAGUUAUUCAAUUGUAAAUAAUUACUGGGAUGGUUUCUUGGCUUUAAGUCUACUGAAUAAAAUCUAUGAAAUUGUACUCUGUGUUAACCAUCCACUAGGAUAGAAUACCGGAAACUGUGCAUGCAAAAAUACGAGAUGGGUCCAUUUGCACACAAUUCGUAGUUAUGCAGUCUAUUAUAUAAAUAUGUUCACAUGCACUAUGUGUAUGAAAAUAGAUUGUCUGUGUUCAGACGAAAGUAAAACAUUUUUUCAAAUUGUUAAAUUUAAAGGUUUUCUGGGAGAAAUUUAUGAAAAACAGGCUGUGUCUAUUUGACGUCAGAAAUUUCCAGUUAAACCAAAAUAAUGAGAAACUUUAAUCCGUAUAUUUAUAACCUUCGUUGAGUAUACUUCGCCCUUAUUUAUACCUCUGCAUUUCCUUCUGUGCUUCACAUCUUUCUAAAAUGCAGCUUGGUUUUAAAAUAAAAGAGCAUUCAUUUUGUGAUUCUCAACAACCUUCAGUAAAUACCACCAGUAUGGUACUGGUGAAUUUCUCAGCAUAAAAUCGACUUACCUAAAAAGUUAAUAAAAUUCAGCUCUUUUCCAAUUUCAUUGUUAUGCCUAUUGAAGUAUUAAUAGCAAGGUUUCAUUUUUAGUGAAACUUGGAAUCUGUACUUUGAGCAGACUAAGUCAAGGGAAGAACGGAAAGAAACUCAGGAGUAGGGUAAUGUCACUUUUCACUUACACCACUUUCAGGGCACAUCCAGAGAGUUCCUAGAUACUUGUAAAAUGUCUGAAAAAUUUUAAGUAAUCAACUUUUCAAUGUUUAGCUCAACUUUUUGUUCAUUUGGAAGUUUCUCUCCAUCCGAGGACUUAAGCCAGUUUUGGAUUUGUAAGCCCAGAGUACACUACACUUCCUGGAGGCAUCGUCACUGCUGUUGAAACAAAGAAUGUGUAUGGGGUGGAAGGACGGCUUCGAACCUCUGGACUCAGCCUCGAGAACAAAUGCAGAUUGUUAAAGCCUUGGGCUGCUGCAUAAUCACAGUUCCUCGAGCCUCUUCCAGGGCACAUGCCCAAGCUCUGCCUCUUGAGAGACUGACUCCAAAUGUAGGUGCUUCCACUGGACCUAGGUUGGAGGCUGCUUUAUAUGAGACUCCAGAAAUGGAUGCCAGAAUACGGAGGCCAGACGUUCUGAGUGCUGGUGAGGACAGUCUCUCUGGGGGUCUUCAUUUUACUGCAGUUCCUGCGCACCAGUGAAAGGAGAUAGACCCUGGAAGGCAGAGCUGCAGAUGCCCGUCAUCAGGUCAAUUCUGGAGCUACAGUUUUGUUUCUGACUGGAUGGGGACGCAGCGGUGACUGUAUCAAAUCAAGCAGUCCUUCUCUCUCCUUUAGUAUCGAUUUUAAAGUGCAUUAGGCACUGUGGUUUCAGAGUUUCUUGGGGAAACUUUGCAGAUUCGUAUUCAUUGGUUCUGCGAUACUUAAAUAAAUUAUUUUACAAUUAUA